GAUGACUGCCGUCAGCUGCGAGCCAAUGACCUUUUCUUUUCGCCGUGAUUAUAAUUCUGUAACAGAUCGAAAUGCUUCCCUCGGUCGGUGUCGUUGACACAGGGAACUCAUCUCGUAUACUUCUGCCGCUUCUACGCUCAGCCGGUUUUACAGUCAGUGGAAUAUGGGGUGCUUCAAAACAGCAAGCGAAGACGAUGGCGGAGGAGUACAAAGUUCCAUUCCAUACAGUUAAAAUAGACGAAUUACUUCUGCGUGAAGACGUGGAUUUAGUGUGUGUGCUUUGCCCACCUCACGUUCGAGCUGAAGUGGCGGUGAAAGCUCUUUCUAUCGGAAAACACGUCCUCUGUGAUUCUCCUGUAGGUCUUAGCAAGGAUGAAGCUGAGAGAAUGGUCCAGGCUGCUCAAUAUUAUCCUAAGCUUCUUUCUCUUGUCAAACACGAACUCAGGUUUCUUCCCGCCUUUAUCAAAAUGAAGCGAUACGUGGAGGAAGGUUUUUGUGGCAAGCCACUAAUCUGCGAGUGUAAGAUUGAAAUGGGUUCAUUGCUAGGUAACAAUUACACCUGGAUGUGUGAUCAGGCCAUGGGUGGUGGGGUGCUGACCAAUCUUGGGGCCCACAUCAUUGAUCUUGUUUCCUUCUUAACCAACCAAAGAGCUGUAGAAGUUCAUGGUACUCUAAAAACCUUCAUUCCUCAAACAGAUGAGGUUUCAGGCUUUCGUCAUAUAUCCAGUGAUGACUAUACAGCUUUUCAGAUGAAACUGAAUGGAGGGGCUUUUGCGACAGUUUCUCUUAAUGCCCACAUUCCAGGACGUUACUCUCAAACUGUCACUAUAUACGGUACCAAGGGGCAGCUGAUCGCGAGGAAUGGUAGUUUAUAUGGAAUGAAGAAUGGUGGCAAAGAAGAACUCAUUUAUGGAGACAUUGCCCGCAUCCCGGGUAUGUUCAAUGUGGAGAAACUCCCACCCAGUAUCUUUCUGACAGGUCUUGAAGUGUGGGUGUCAGAGAUAAAAAGAGCAUUUGAAGAAUCCAUUGAUAAAGAUGAUCGAAGAAUUGCUGAUCUGCAGACUAUUUCCAGUGCAGCUUCAUUUCAUGAUGGCCUUUAUACCAGAACUGUCCUUGAUGCCAUUAUUGAGUCCAGUGGACAUGGUACUUGGUGUCAGGUUGAGUUUGUUGCUAAUGAAGAAACUGGGGAAAUGAAAUCAGGCCCUGAGGAGAAGUCAGUACAAAUCAUCACUGAGCCACGAAAGGAAAAGGCAGGUGAAAAGAAUCUUGCAUCUCCUGUACUGCGAAAGAUGCUGACUCAGUGAGCUUGGGAGAGUUAAGAUAAACUUUGAAAGAGGAUAAUUUUAUUCAAGCAACUAUCAACAAAUUUCCAAUGCAAUUAUUAUUUCAGCCAGUUUCUUUUUGUUUUGGCAAACAUAAGAUAUGAGGAAGCUUGGAUGGAAAAAAUGGCACCUUUUUACCUUUCUGGGAUGGUUUUGUGGUUUCAACCUUUUGAAAAAGUUGCCCUUUUGAAAGAUCUCUGGUUCCAUUCUCAAGUUAAAAGUUCAAAUGAGAAAUAAUUUCAUCUUUAAGGAGAUAAUUCUUGGUUUUGCAAAAAUUUUGUAUAGGUAUUGGUAUUGCUCAUUUUCAACUUCAAAAGAACUACCAAGGAAAGGUGCAAGGAGCGUCAAAAGCCAGUUAUACAUUUUACACUACAAUGCUUUAAAAAUAUAGAAAUGGCAUAAUCUGGAAGUUUCAGGAUGUAUUGCUAAACGAAGUAUUGAAAAGCUCAGUUUUCCGUGUUAAAAUUCCUUUACUGUGUUUGAGAAAUGUUUAUUGCCUAAUUUGAGAAACAAUUUGUACAAUUACUUUAUAAUUAAAUAAAGACAGAAGCUCCUUCUAUGGC